UACACAAAGUUUCCCAACACUUUCACUUUCUUUCCAUCAACCUAUAAAUACAUACACCAACCAAACUUCACUUAGAAUUUCAAUAAUUUUAUCUUACAAAGUAUAAACUACAUAUAACCUCAGUACCUCUCCCGAAAAAUUGCUACAUCGCACAAAUACAUAUUCCCAUACCCACAAUGGCCAAGGUUAUCUCCUCAUCGCGAGCUGUCGAAAUCACUGUCUUAUCAGGUGAAAACCUUCAGAUCGACCGGAGAUCAAUCAAGAAAAACGCCUUCGUCGUCGUCCGAUCCAACGGCGGAAGCGAUUUCCGGUCGACGGAGAUCGACACCAAUGGCGGGAGUAACCCAAACUGGAACGAGAAACUCGUCCUAGAAUUCCCGGUCCAAGCAGCGGCAUUGACCGUCGAGGUAUACUGCAAAACUAUGACCGGGGUCAGAAUCGUCGGAACGGCUACCGUUCCGAUAUCAGACUUUUCCGGUGGAUAUCUACCUGAUAAUCACUUGCACUUUCUGAGUUACAGACUGAGGGAUCGGAAAAGCGAAAGAAACGGGACUAUCAAUUUGUCUGUGAAAACGAAAUUUCCGGCGGCACCGGACUAUCGAUCGUGCGCGAAUUCAUCUUCUUCGUCGAAGGCUACGGUGGUUGGAGUUCCGGUGGGGAAACAUCACUCGAGUGACGUCGUGACUGGUGUUCCCAUUUGGUCCACUUGAUAUCUAUGGAAAUUUUAGUUUUGAAGGAAAUUUCCUCAUGUAGCAAAAUAAAAACAAAAAUAAAUCCCAAAAAAAACAAACCAAAAAUAUAUUCUAAUAAUAAAAAGUGGAAGCUGAAAAGUCAAUUUAUCACUACUACGAGUACAGUGAGGAGUGAGGAGUGAGGAGUGAGGAGUGAGGAGUGAGGAGAGGGAGUGUGGUGUGUGGUGUGUGGUGUGUGUACGUACAUAAUUAUUUUAAAGAAGCUUCAUUUUGUUUGAUAAAAAAAAAAAAAACUUCGUUUUUGGAGCUUAGCUUGAAAGUGUACAGCUCCUUAUUCGUUUCAUUGUAUUCUUGCUUUGAGUUUUGGCAACUUGCAACAAUGAUUCAAACUUCUACUACGUGUCGUUAUAUUGGAUUCGUUAUUGUAUUAUUUAAUUAUUAAUACAGAAAAGAUUAGUUGUUUUUAUA